CUUUUGGCUAAUCUCUCUCUCUCUCCUCCCUUCUCUCUCUUUUCCACCGGCGACCAUUAACUCUCUCUCUCCUCCGCUUUGCCCUCCCCCAUUGUUUACUAACCCUCGAUUUGUUCUUGUUCUUUACUCCAAUUCCGGUUUUGCCCCUUUAUUGGAACUCUUCUUCUUCUUCACACAAACACUCAAGAGACGUGACGGCGACUCUUUUAUUACUGAGUCUCACAGCUUCUUGCCUCGCCUCCUGGGGACUUUUUUUUGCUCCCAGAGGCGAAGAAGUAAAAACUUAGCUAACCCAAACAACAAUGGGGUUUCUCUGUUGUCUCCAGGUGCUGCUUCUGUUUCUCUCUCUCUCCUCGAUUCGUCUACUAGCUCAAUCUCCUCCACCACCCAAUGCCUCCUCGUCUUCUUCUUCUUCUUCUCUUGAUGCUCUUCUCCAAGAUUACUCUUUUAGAGCCUUUGUUCGUCCUCGUACCGGCAUUCUCUACGAAGGUACUGUUCCUUCCGAUUUGACUGGGAUCAAACUCGCUGCCAUGAGACUCAGAAGCGGAAGCUUUAGAAAACGCGGACUCACUCCUUUUAAAGAGUUCUCUAUUCCCACCGGCGUUAUCGUCAAGCCGUAUGUGACAAGGCUUGUCCUUGUUUAUCAAAACCUAGCUAAUUUCUCUCACUUGUAUUACCCUUUGUCUGGUUAUGAUUAUGUCGCGCCUGUGUUGGGUCUUCUCGCUUACGAUGCCAAGAAUCUCUCCGCUCUUAAUUUGCCAGAGCUUGAUUUGAAGGUGUCUAGUGAUCCCAUCAGAAUCGAUUUCUCUGAUCUGGAACGAAUCCCACAAGGUUCUAGUGCUAAGUGUGUUAGAUUUGAUUCACAAGGUGUUGCGAGUUUCAGCGACUCGAUUCAGCCUGGGAACACAUGCGAGACUGAGCAUCAGGGACAUUUCUCAGUUGUGGUUAAAUCUGUUGCAUCUGCUCCAAGUCCAGCUCCUCCAGGGGAUGAGGAUAGGGAGAAAGAGAAGAAGAAGAAGAGCUCUGAUUCCAACAAUUCCAAGACUUGGAUCAUCGUUGGGUCGGUGGUUGGUGGAUUGUUACUGUUGGGGCUUUUGCUGUUUUUGGUAUUGAGAUGUCGGAAUUACAAGAAGCAAGAGAAAAUGAGGGAGAUGGAGAGAGCUGGAGAGACAGGGGAAGCUCUGAGGAUGACUCAGGUCGGUGAAACUAGAGCACCUACAGCUACUACUACUCGUACACAACCCAUGCUUGAAACGGAAUACGCAGCUUAGAUAAUCUUUGUGUACAUCAUCAUCAUCAUCAUCACAUCUU